AUGACGACUUACAUACCCUCGCUCACCCUCCCAGAUGCCGUCUUCAACAGCCUGCCGGCCUCGGUGCUGCUGCCGGUGGCCUUGGGGACGGCAGUAGGCUUCAGCACGAGACCCGACAGCAGCCACCGCGAAUCCCUCACGCUCAAGCAGCCCCCCUUCCGCCCACCCGCCAGCGUCUUCCCGCCCGUGUGGACCGCCCUGUACGGGAUCAUGGGCUACGCGGCGCACCGCGCCGUGCACCUGGGCACCUCGGCCCUCAACACGACCGAAACCAUCUCAGCCGCCCGCCACGGCGCGACGCUCUACACGAUCCAGCUCGGCCUCAACCUGGCCUGGAUGCCGCUCUUCUACGGGCUCAACCGGCCGGCGCUGGCGACGGCCGACGCGGCGGCGCUGCUGGGCCUCAACGCCUACCUGGCCUGGCUGUGGGGCUCGUGGGUCGACGGCGCCGCCGGCUGGCUGCUGGCGCCGUACGUGGCCUGGCUCGGGUUCGCGACCUACCUGUCGGCGGCGACGGGCCAUCUGAACGGCUGGGACCUGAGUCCCAUGCUUGGCCCGGGUGGUGGGGGUGCUGGUGGUGGUGGUGAGGCGGAGGGGAAGAAGAAGGCUUGA